AUGACCCUCUGCGUGCUAGGUGUGUGUGACAGAUCUAUGACCCCCUGUGUGUUGGGUGUGGGUGACAGAUCUAUGACCCCCUGUGUGCUGGGUGUGAGUGACAGAUCUAUGACCCUCUGUGUGCUGGGUGUGGGUGACAGAUCUAUGACACUCUGUGUGCUGAGUGUGGGUGACAGAUCUAUGACCCUCUGUGUGUUGGGUGUGGGUGACAGAUCUAUGACCCUCUGUGUGCUGGGUGUGGGUGACAGAUCUAUGACCCCCUGUGUGCUGGGUGUUGGUGACAGAUCUAUGACCCUCUGUGUGCUGGGUGUGGGUGACACAUCUAUGACCAUCUGUGUGUUGGGUGUGGGUGACAGAUCUAUGACCCUCUGUGUGCUGGGUGUGGGUGACAGAUCUAUGACCCCCUAUGUGCUGGGUGUUGGUGACAAAUAUAUGACCCUCUGUGUGCUUGGUGUGGGUGACAGAUCUAUGACCAUCUGUGUGCUGGGUGUGGGUGACAGAUCUAUGACCCUCUGUGUGCUGGGUGUUGAUAACAGAUCUAUGACCCUCUGUGUGCUGGGUGUGGGUGACAGAUCUAUGACCCUCUGUGUGCUGGGUGUUGAUAACAGAUCUAUGACCCUCUGUGUGCUGGGUGUUGGUGACAGAUCUAUGACCCCCUGUGUGCUGGGUGUGGGUGACAGAUUUAUGACCCCCUGUGUGCUGGGUGUGGGUGACAGAUCUAUGACCCUCUGUGUGCUGGGUGUUGGUGACAGAUAUAUGACCCUCUGUGUGCUGGGUGUGGGUGACAUAUCUAUGACCCUCUGUGUGUUGGGUGUGGGUGACAGAUCUAUGACCCUCUGUGUGCUGGGUGUGGGUGACAGAUCUUUGACCCCCUAUGUGCUGGGUGUUGGUGACAAAUAUAUGACCCUCUGUGUGCUUGGUGUGGGUGACAGAUCUAUGACCAUCUGUGUGCUGGGUGUGGGUGACAGAUCUAUGACCCUCUGUGUGCUGGGUGUUGAUAACAGAUCUAUGACCCUCUGUGUGCUGGGUGUGGGUGACAGAUCUAUGACCCUCUGUGUGCUGGGUGUUGGUGACAGAUCUAUGACCCCCUGUGUGCUGGGUGUGGGUGACAGAUUUAUGACCCCCUGUGUGCUGGGUGUGGGUGACAGAUCUAUGACCCUCUGUGUGCUGGGUGUUGGUGACAGAUCUAUGACCCUCUGUGUGCUGGGUGUUGGUGACAGAUCUAUGACCCUCUGUGUGCUGGGUGUGGGUGACACAUCUAUGACCCUCUGUGUGUUGGGUGUGGGUGACAGAUCUAUGACCCUCUGUGUGCUGGGUGUGGGUGACAGAUCUAUGACCCCCUGUGUGCUGGGUGUUGGUGACAAAUAUAUGACCCUCUGUGUGCUUGGUGUGGGUGACAGAUCUAUGACCCUCUGUGUGUUGGGUGUUGAUAACAGAUCUAUGACCCUCUGUGUGCUGGGUGUGGGUGGCAGAUCUAUGACCCUCUGUGUGCUGGGUGUUGGUGACAGAUAUACGACCCCCUGUGUGCUGGGUGUGGGUGACAGAUUUAUGACCCCCUGUGUGCUGGGUGUGGGUGACAGAUCUAUGACCCUCUGUGUGCUGGGUGUUGGUGACAGAUCUAUGACCCUCUGUGUGCUGGGUGUGGGUGACACAUCUAUGACCCUCUGUGUGUUGGGUGUGGGUGACAGAUCUAUGACCCUCUGUGUGCUGGGUGUGGGUGACAGAUUUAUGACCCCCUGUGUGCUGGGUGUUGGUGACAAAUAUAUGACCCUCUGUGUGCUUGGUGUGGGUGACAGAUCUAUGACCCUCUGUGUGCUGGGUUUGGGUGACAGAUCUAUGACCCUCUGUGUGCUGGGUGUUGAUAACAGAUCUAUGACCCUCUGUGUGCUGGGUGUGGGUGACAGAUCUAUGACCCUCUGUGUGCUGGAUGUUGGUGACAUAUCUAUGACCCUCUGUGUGCUGGGUGUGGGUGACAGAUUUAUGACCCCCUGUGUGCUGGGUGUGGGUGACAGAUCUAUGACCCUCUGUGUGCUGGGUGUUGGUGACAGAUCUAUGACCCCCUGUGUGCUGGGUGUGGGUGACAGAUUUAUGACCCCCUGUGUGCUGGGUGUUGGUGACAGAUCUAUGCCCCUCUGUGUGCUGGGUGUUGGUGACAGAUUUAUGACCCUCUGCGUGCUGGGUGUUGGUGACAUUAUCUUUAUUUGUCCGUGUGUAAUCAAACUGGUGGCAGGAUCUGCACGAAACUGUACCUCAAGAAGUAUUUAACCAUAAUUAUUAUUAUGUCUACACUUGAGCAUGCCCGUUAUGUUUCAUGUACACAUUAUCUUGUUUCACGCCUUGAGAGCUGGUUAAAUAAAAGUGAGAAAACCCU